GCCCAGCCGCCCGCGGCCGCCCUGGACGCCGUGUCGCUCAGCAGCAGCCUGGACAGCGGGGCACGGACCCCGCGAUGCAGGAUCUGCUUCCAGGGGCCCGAGCAGGGGGAGCUGCUGAGCCCGUGCCGGUGCGCCGGGUCCGUGCGCUGCACGCACCAGCCCUGCCUCAUCCGCUGGAUCAGCGAGAGGGGCUCGUGGAGCUGCGAGCUCUGCUACUUCAAGUACCAGGUCCUCGCCAUCAGCACCAAGAACCCGCUGCAGUGGCAGGCCAUCUCCCUGACGGUCAUCGAGAAGGUGCAGAUCGCCGCCAUCAUCCUAGGCUCCCUCUUCCUCAUCGCCAGCAUUUCCUGGCUCGUCUGGUCCUCACUCAGCCCCUCGGCCAAGUGGCAGCGGCAGGACCUGCUCUUCCAGAUCUGCUACGGCAUGUACGGCUUCAUGGACAUUGUCUGCAUAGGUUUGAUCAUUCACGAGGGCUCCUCGGUGUAUCGAAUAUUCAAGCGCUGGCAGGCGGUGAACCAGCAGUGGAAGGUGCUGAACUAUGACAAGGCCAAGGACCUUGGGGAGCCCGCGGGCGGAACGGCCAAGGCCGGGGGCAGGCUGGCACGGACGGAGAGGAACCCCCGGAGGGGCCAGCGGGUUAGGACGAUCUUGAACCAUCACUGUGGCUACACCAUCCUGCACAUCCUCAGCCACCUGCGGCCCAGCGAGCACCGCGGCAGCUCCGGCGCCGGCCGCGAGGUGGUCAUGAGAGUCACGACGGUAUAACCGGCCGCGCACGGAGGGCAGGGAGCCCGCCGCCUCCUCCCCGCGCCCGGAGAGGGCACCCCGCAGCUGCCUGUGGAAGGGAAGCCCCAGAGAGCAAUUCGGGGCUGGGCCACACGCGGGAUAUUUUGUUUUCGAGGCUCUCGCCUUGCUCUCGUGCCCCCCGUCCGGGGGGGCGCUGCGGCCUGGCCUGCUCUCAGCCUGCGCCCUCCUCAGCUCCCGUCAAUGUGAAAAUUCCUCUUUGGAGGAAGGAAAACCACAGCGUCGCCUUCCACCGGCUCCAGACGACAAUCCAGGCCUCCGGCCGGGGCAGCAUUCGCCUGCCUGAGUCUGGAAACCAGGGGCCAGAAAGGAACAUUUUUACCUCAUCUUUGAAAGAAAAAUCCAAUCAAAAAGGAAAAAAAAAAAAAGGUCCCUAUUCCCCCCGGUCCCAGCCCAGCCUGACGCGAGUCCCCACCCUGGGGACGCCCCGGGAAAGGUUUGGAUUUCCCCGUCCCAACAAGGUGCAAUAAACAGGUUUCUACAACAAA